CUCGUUCCACAAUUUCCUUACGCGAUCGAAACAGUUUAUUUCUCGAAAUUCUUGUUAUUGUAAAUUUUAUUUGUUUCUUUCUCACAUGGAAAAUGAAUUGAACAGGGAACUAAACCUUCUACCAUCACCGCGCACAGAUUCACCAGUUCUCCGGCUACGAUCAUCGUCGUCGAAGGCGGAAGGCGGCGGUCCGUCACUGGACCUACAGCUCUCAAUAAGCGUAGGUCCACCGGGGUUGCUGAUGUGCGAGGGAGUGGAGGCGUUAAAGUGGGAAGCGGCGGAGCAAAUCCGGCUGGCGACGAUGGAAAAGGCGUACGCGGAGAGAGUGAGAGAGUUGACACGAAGAGAGAUGGAGAUGGCGCAAUCGGAGUUCGCACGUGCGAGACAAAUGUGGGAGCGUGCGAGAGAAGAAGUUGAAAGAGCAGAGAAGAUUAAAGAAAGAGCAACAAGACAGGUGGAUUCCACGUGCAUGGAGAUCACGUGCCAAUCCUGUAGGCAAAGGUUCAAACCUGCUUCUGCCUGAAUCCAAUUUUCAUUCCCUCUUUCUAUUUCUCUAACAUUUCUUUCUUUCAAAAUCCAAUAAUUAACUCGAUCGAUAUUUAAUUAACACGUUUAUUUUUUCCUUUCAACUGGACCUAUUAUGAUUUGUGUGAAAUUAGUUAAUCGGAUAUGAUUGAGUUAGUUACUUUAAGUGCCGUGUUGUAUAUGUAAACUUUUCAUCUUAAUUUCAUGCUAUGUUUAUUCUGUUUAA